AUGAAAAGACACCUCCGAUCGCCCUUCACACAGCAUGCCACGCUCUUCCAGGACGUGGUCAUUCGCUGCGUUCGAUAUGCGUUCGCAAAGAUCCCUGCCAGGGUGGGGAGAGUCUUCUUUUCCAAAUGGGUCGCAUAUCCAUUCUUCCGAUUCCGCCUGUUGCGACACGGGUUUCUGCACUGUCCCGUGUUUUAUCGGGAAGUCAUUAGACAUGGUGCCAGAGGUCUCUGGAUAGUUGACGAUCCGGACUGCGACCCUGACAUCAUAAUAUACUAUGCUCAUGGUGGGGGGUUCUCCAUGGGUUCGGCAUAUUUCUAUCUCGAAUUUCUCAUGGCUUGGACAACUCGAUUGAAAAAAAGUGGGUUCAAGAAUCCAGCGGUUUUUGCAUUGGAAUAUACUCUCGUCCCGGACGCGCAGUGGCCGGUUCAGUUUAAUGAAACUCGUGCAGGAUAUGAUUUUCUUCGGGAUAGGUUCGGGCAUGGGUCGGCAGCAAAGAUCUGUGUGAGCGGUGAUUCAGCAGGUGCAACUCUUAUCCUGAGCAUGCUUCUCCAGCCAGGUCAUCUCGAACAAGAUCCUCAGCUCCAGUCACGGUAUCGACCAGGUUUAGCUGUACUUAUCUCGCCUUGGACCCAUCUAGUGUCGGACCUGAACCAGAAUACACCUAGUGACUACCUGGAUCGCAACAGCUUACAUCUGUACGCAACACAAUAUGCAGGGGAGGCGACGAUGACGGACAGUGUCAUCUCUCCGGGUCUCUGUACGGGGCGCUGGAAACAAGCCUCGCCACUAAACGGGUUUCGCAUCGUAUACGGCGCAGAAGAGGUCUUUGCUCCUGGCAUUCAAGCGAUGGCUGAUCGCAUCAAGAAAAAUGGCGCCACAGUCAAGGUCCAGGAGCGAGAGGCAGGCAUUCACGCCUGGCCUGUGGUAAACUUGUUCCUCGGAAGCACACGAGAUGAACGGCUGCAGGGACUUGACAUCAUGACUGAUUUCAUCCUGUCCUCCAGCCUUGCAUCGGGUUUGCAUUAG